CUCACGGGCGGAGCGGAGGAAGAUUGCGGACGGGUUCGGAAGGGGGCCAAGUCCGCCGAUGGGGGAGUGCGGGGUGCCCGCUGGCGUCCAGUUACUACUUCGCGCUUGUGAUCAGGGAGACUGCGAGUGUGCCCGGCGAUUGCUAGUAGGACCCUUGCCUGCCGCCGAAGAAGCCGCGGCUGAGGCUGGCAGCGGUUCGUCUAGCGGAGGUGGGGCUGGGGCUGCGGCGGACAUUCCUCCCGGCUCGGUGCCAGUGGACUGCACAGACGAGGCGGGCAACACCGGCCUGCAGUUCGCAGCGGCCGGGGGACACGAAGAGCUAGUGGGCUUCCUGCUGCGGCGGGGGGCCUCGGUGCAGAGCCGAAAUCACUGCGGCUGGAGCCCGCUCAUGCAAGCAGCCAGGUUUGGACAUCUAAAUGUGGCUCGCAUCUUACUGGAAAAUGGAGCUGACCUUAAUGCACAGAAUAAAUUGGGAGCCAGUGUACUCACCAUAGCAUCACGGGGCGGCCAUAUCAGUGUGAUUAAACUGCUGCUGGAAUCUGGUGCUUAUGUUGACAAUUAUGAUCACUUGAGUGUUAGCUUGGACAGCAGUAAAGAGGAAAUGCCAGCUGUCACUCCCCUCAUGACAGCUGUCCAACAUGGGCAUGAGGCAGUAGUCCAUCUUCUAUUGGAUUGGGGAGCUGAUUGUAAUUACUCUGUAAAGACUAUGGGCUGGACUCCCCUGAUGCUGGCAGCUGUUAGUGGAAGAGUUAGUUUAGCCCAACAGCUUAUGAACAAAGGAGCCAAUCCUGAUCAUCUGAAUAUUCUGCAUAAAACACCAUAUGAAAUAUCUGUGGAUUUCAAACAUGAAGAUAUGAUGGAUUAUUUGGCACCUUUGACAACAGUUAGACCUCAGACAGAUAAGCAGAAAAAACAACCUGAUAUCUUCCAUGCUUUAAAAAUGGGAAAUUUUCAGCUGGUGAAAGAAAUUAUUGAUGAAGAUCCGGCACAGUCCAAUGUCAUUAAUGAUGAUGGAGCGUCUCCCCUGAUGAUUGCAGCUGUUACUGGACAGAUGCCCCUUAUACAGUUACUUGUUUCAAGAAAUGUAGACGUUGACAAACAAGAUAAUGUCCAUGGCUGGACAGCAUUAAUGCAAGCCACAUAUCAUGGAAAUAAAGAAGUUGUUAAGUAUUUAUUAAAUCAAGGAGCUGAUGUCAACCUGCGUGCUAAAAACGGAUAUACAGCCUUUGACCUGAUAAUGCUGCUGAAUGACCCAGAUGCGGAACUUGUGCGGUUGUUGGCCUCUGCCUGCAUGCAAGAAAAGAAUAAGCAGAAUAGCAAAGUAACUGCACCCUUUUCCAGAAAUAAGCAAUCCAUAGGUAUUCCAUUGUUGCCAGAUGACAAGGGAGGAUUGAAGUCGUGGUGGAACAGAAUGUCCAACAGAUUUCGCAAAUUGAAGAUGACCCAAACCUUAAAUCAUGGAUUUUCCAUGAAUCAAUCUAUACCUUUUCCAGAAGAAUCAAAAUCCCCAUUUGACUGUACAAUGAAGGCUGCAUUACAAAAUGAUAAUACUGUAAAUCAUGAUGCCACUACAGCUUGGGCAACAAAAAGCAAGUCUAAUGUUAUCCACACUGCCAAGGCUGGAAAAGAUGAUGAUUUUCUGACCACGGUGUUAAGAAGUGGGGCUCCAUUUACACGGCUGCCCAAUGACAAAUUGAAAGCUGUUAUUCCACCUUUCUUGCCACCUUCAAGUUUUGAGUUGUGGAAUUCUGAUCGAACGCAGAACAAAGAGCAAACAAGACUUGGCUUUCCACACAGAUCUACGAGCAUUGACAAUAGUGCUGACAAAACAUCCUUAAGCAGAGGUACUAGACCAAUUAAACUAUCCACUUUUGUAAGAAGACCUCCAACUCCCAGCAAUUCAAGUAAUUUCAACCAUUCACCUCAUUCUUCUGGUGGAUCCAGCAGCGUAGGAGGAGUUAGCCGGCAUGGUGGAGAACUGCAUAAUAAAUCAGGUGGUAGCGCGGAUAGCGUUUUAUCUCAAAUUGCAGCACAAAGAAAAAAAGCUGCUGGCAUAUCUGAACCAAAACCAAGUCAACAGCCAAUUAUAGGAGGCUUAAUUUCAUCUUGUCCUCCUGAUGUGGAAAAUGCACAGACCAUUGGAAAUGGACAUAUUCUUAAGGUAAAACAGAAAUUGGAUGUGAACCAAAAACCUCCUUCUGAGAAUUCUUCUACAUCUAAAAGCACGUCCCCAACUCUCACGCCAUCACCAUCUCCAUUACCAUCCCCCAAGAUACAAAGUGCAGAGUCUUCACUUUCUUCUUCUCACAGACAAGGGAAAAGCAGUGGUGGCUCCAGCAGUGGGACUUUAACUGAUGAAGAUGAACUUACAGGCAUCCUAAAAAAACUCUCUCUUGAAAAGUACCAGCCUAUCUUUGAAGAGCAGGAGGUGGAUAUGGAAGCUUUUCUCACUCUUACAGAUGGGGAUUUGAAGGAACUGGGAAUUAAGACUGAUGGUUCUAGACAGCAAAUCCUAACAGUUAUUUCAGAGUUAAAUGCAGGAAAGGGACGAGAGAGAAAACUUUUACAGGAGACAAUACACAACUUUCACUCAUCUUUUGAAAGCAGCGUUAGCAACACAAGCCCUGGGAAACCACAGACACCUGGAUGCUGGGUAAGACCACAGGAACCAUCUCCUACCAAGAGAUAAACUUCGAACCAAAGUGUCAGAAACAUGAACUACAGACCAAGUAUACCUUUGCAACAUUUCAUUGUGGAAUAUGCUGGAAAUGUAUUUUAUUAAUAGCAGAUACUGUACCUCAUAUGCAAAAAAGACGUAGCUUUAAUAAAGCUGGUCAUAUUUGAA